AUGAAGCUGCUAGUUUUUCUGUUGGCCUUAUCAUGCGCAAUCGUCUACACCAGCGCUGAUUUAUCAACAUCGCCACCGCAAUCAACCGGCUCGGUUCUACCAUCACAUGAAUCGCGUUUUCGUCGCCAAACCAAUUUAAAGCUCGAAGAACCAAAAAGAGGUUCAAUAACGUUUCAAGGGACACAACCUUUGAGUGGUCCACAGCGCCAACCAACAUGGGAUCUCAAUGGCAAUGCCAAUGUCUUUAACAAUGGCCGCACAACAGCGGACGUCUACGGAGGAUUAAAUAAAGUACCUGGACAACGAGUGCAACCGCACUUCGGCAUCCAAGCUGAGAGGAAAUUUGGCAACAAUGGCUUCAUCAGAGGUCAAACCCAAUUUCAACAAAAUUCGCGAGGUCACGGACUCUCUCCUUCAGUUGGUAUAACUGGUGGCUUUCGAUUCAGAAGAGAGGCCGAACCUCAAGGAACUUCACUAAGCUUCCACGGAACGCAACCUCUGAGCGGUCCAAUGCGUCAACCUACCUGGGAUCUCAACGCUAAUCGUAACAUUUUGAAUAAUGGUCACUCAACUGCGGAUAUCUACGGAGGAUUGAAUAAAGUACCUGGACAACGAGUGCAACCGCACAUUGGCAUCCAGGCUGAGAGGAACUUUGGCAACAAUGGUUUCAUCAGAGGUCAUGGUCAGCUUCAACCAGGUCAAAGAGGUCACGGUGUCUCUCCUUCAGUCGGUAUUACUGGUGGCUUUCGAUUCAGAAGAGAAGCCGAACCUCAAGGAACUUCACUAAGCUUCCACGGAACGCAACCUCUGAGCGGUCCAAUGCGUCAACCUACCUGGGAUCUCAACGCUAAUCGUAACAUUUUGAAUAAUGGUCACUCAACUGCGGAUAUCUACGGAGGAUUGAAUAAAGUACCUGGACAACGAGUGCAACCGCACAUUGGCAUCCAGGCUGAGAGGAACUUUGGCAACAAUGGUUUCAUCAGAGGUCAUGGUCAGCUUCAACCAGGUCAAAGAGGUCACGGUGUCUCUCCUUCAGUCGGUAUUACUGGUGGCUUUCGAUUCAGAAGAGAAGCCGAACCUCAAGGAACUUCACUAAGCUUCCACGGAACGCAACCUCUGAGCGGUCCAAUGCGUCAACCUACCUGGGAUCUCAACGCUAAUCGUAACAUUUUGAAUAAUGGUCACUCAACUGCGGACGUCUACGGAGGAUUAAAUAAAGUACCUGGACAACGAGUGCAACCGCACAUUGGCAUCCAGGCUGAGAGAAACUUUGGCAACAAUGGUUUUAUCAGAGGUCAUGGUCAGCUUCAGCCAGGUCAAAGAGGUCACGGUGUCUCUCCUUCAGUCGGUAUUACUGGUGGCUUUCGAUUCAGAAGAGAAGCCGAACCUCAAGGAACUUCACUAAGCUUCCACGGAACGCAACCUCUGAGCGGUCCAAUGCGUCAACCUACCUGGGAUCUCAACGCUAAUCGUAACAUUUUGAAUAAUGGUCACUCAACUGCGGACGUCUACGGAGGAUUAAAUAAAGUACCUGGACAACGAGUGCAACCGCACAUUGGCAUCCAGGCUGAGAGAAACUUUGGCAACAAUGGUUUUAUCAGAGGUCAUGGUCAGCUUCAACCAGGUCAAAGAGGUCAUGGUGUCUCUCCUUCGGUCGGUAUUACUGGUGGUUUUCGAUUCAGAAGAGAGGCGGAACCUCAAGGAACUUCACUAAAUUUUCAAGCUACGCAACCUCUGAGUGGUCCGCAGCGUCAACCAACCUGGGAUCUCAACGUUAAUCGUAACAUUUUGAAUAAUGGUCACUCAACUGCGGACGUCUACGGAGGUUUGAAUAAAGUACCUGGACAACGAGUACAACCGCACUUUGGCAUCCAGGCUGAGAGAAACUUUGGCAAUAAUGGUUUCAUCAGAGGUCAAACACAGUUUCAACCAAAUCCGCGAGGUCACGGACUGUCUCCCUCAGUUGGUAUAACUGGUGGCUUUCGAUUCAGAAGAGAAGCCGAACCUCAAGGAACUUCACUAAGUUUCCACGGAACGCAACCUCUGAGCGGUCCAAUGCGUCAACCUACCUGGGAUCUCAACGCUAAUCGUAACAUUUUGAACAAUGGCCAUACAACCGCGGACAUCUACGGAGGAUUGGGCAAAGUACCUGGGCAACGAGUGCAACCGCAUAUUGGCAUCCAGGCUGAAAGAAAUUUUGGCAACAACGGUUUUAUCAGAGGUCAUGGUCAGCUUCAACCGGGUCGAGGAGGUCACGGCGUUUCUCCUUCGGUCGGUAUUACUGGUGGUUUUCGAUUCAGAAGAGAAGCCGAAGAUACUGAAGAAGUAGAACCCACUGAAGAGUAUUAAAACAAUUUCGAGAUAAUAUUUAAAUGACCUGUAUCUACAGAAGUGUUUCUAAAAGACUACCGUUUAAGUUAAUCCUUUACAAAUUGUAAAGUUAUAUUUAUUUAUAUACUAAAUAUGCAUUAUUCUACGUAUUAUUUAUAGAUUACGAGACUAUUUAACUUUGAGGCUAUUUUAUGAAAUAUGUAACAUACUCGUACAUAUGUUUGACGUCGUUUAUUUAAAUAAAUAAAAUUUUAUCAAAA